UCACUGAGAGGAAGCUAGUUUAUAAACUUCUCAAAAUAAGGAAGUGGGGAUGUCACAAGGAGAAACCUUGAACCAAACUGCAAACAUCUACAGCUGCUUUCUAUAAACCGGUGGGUAUCCAGAAGGGUCUCGUCUGCAGCAUGUUGCCUUACCUAGUGUUUCUGCUGCUGAGUCUCUCCACACACACACAUGGAGAGAACCCUGCUAUCAAGCUCAUCCUCACAGACAAGGGACUUCAGUAUGGGAAACACCUGGGAGCAGGGUUUGUGCAGGACAGGAUAAAGGAUAUGUCAUUUGCCGACAUUAAAGGAAGAAUUGGCCUAGUGAAAUAUGUCCUCAGUGGGGUGUCUGUUUCUCAGUGUGAUUUCCCAGAACCCACAGUGGACUUUUAUGAUGGGGUCGGCUUCAAGACAAUGAUCUCUGGCCUGAAUAUCAGAGUGAUCGGGAAGUUGAAAAUCACAUUGGGAUUCAUACAUGUGGGUGGUUCCUUUGACCUGGCAGCUUUUAAUGUAGGUGUGACUUCUGUGGUGAGGCUGGGUGACAAUGAGGGACACCUGUCAAUCUCCAGCAAGGCCUGCUCUGCUGAAAUUGGUGAUGUCAGCAUAAACUUCCAUGGUGGUGCCAGUUCAAUAUCCAAGAUGGUUAUAAGCCUUUUUAAGGGUCAUUUCAAAGGUGAAAUUCAGGGUAAAAUCUGCCCAGCAAUCCAGCAGCAAAUAGAGGACCUGGAGAGACAACUAGCGGCCAUUGCAGUCUCCUUUCAGGUUGGUUCUGAUCUGGUUUUGGACGUCCCUCUCUCCAGCUCCCCCCUUGUGGACUCUGCCAGCCUGGAGCUGGACUUCAAGGGUGAGUUCUACAGUGCCAAGAACCACACAGAUCCUCCCUUCCAGGUGCAAAACUUCUCUCUGACCCGCCAGGACUCUUACAUGCUCUCAGCGGGCAUGUCUGAGUUCACCGCCAACUCGGUUUCUUACUCCUACUUCUCCACUGGGGUCCUUGUGGCCCGCAUAACAGACAAAAUGAUUCCAGCGGUCUCUCCUCUGCGUCUCAAUACCAGCUCCUUUGGUAAAUUCAUCCCUCAGCUGCCAAAGCUCUUCCCUGACCUGCUGAUGGAGCUCAGUGUGUCAGCCAGGAAGGUCCCCAUGUUCUCCUUUCUACCUGGGGAGGUGCAGCUGGGUCUCCCAGGCAUGGUCACCGCCUUCGCCGUUCAGAACAACGCAACCCUCACCCCGCUAUUCAAGCUGCAAGCUGACUCAGUCUUCAGUGGUCAGGUCUCCAUCUCAGGGAACAAGGUCCGAGGGUCCGCAGCGCUGAGCAAUUUUACCCUCACACUGGUGUCCAGUGAAAUUGGACCGUUCAAGACUACAGACCUUGAGAACUUGUUGCGGUUUGGGAUAAAAACUGGAGUAUUGCCCGAACUGAAUGCCAAACUGGGAGAGGGGGUGGUUUUACCCAGCCUACAUCACAUCCAGCUGGUCAACCCAGUCCUGAAGGUGAAAAAGGGUUUUGUAGAUUUUUCCUCUAAUGUUGCAGUCUAAUCUGUAGAGAAGGGGCACCACAAGCCAAGGCCAACAAUUCAACUGACUGUUGGUUUCUGUAAAUAUGACUACAAAACAUUGUAUCACAAGAUGAUUGCUACUGACUAGCUGAAUUAUAACUGAAAUAUAUUGCUGACAGGUCUAAAUAUGUACUUUUCACAAAUACAAUUGCUAAAAUGUU